AUGACAAGCAUAUUGAAGCGCACCACUAUUCAGCGUGUCAGGAAAGGAGCCUACAGGAACGCACCUUCCACCGGAAAGAUCAUCUCGUUCAGCAUCUGCGCUUGGUGCAUGGCAUGCGGAUUUUGCGGUACUACUAUGAGCACUUGGCUGGAGAGGACCGAUCAUCUUGCCGACCACUUCAAGUCUGGUGUUACGAUGGCCAGUUGGCAAGGUGAUUGGGGGUUUGAUGCAUCCGUCAUACCGCUGGUUGAGACUGCUAUUCCUCCUGAUCUCAUCGAUUGGGAAAGAGGUACUCUCAUCCCCAUGAAAGGUAGCGACCCAUCCUGGGGUACACCACCAAACGCGUACGAACUGCUCAAAGUCGAAAUCGAGUUUUUCAUCCAGCGAUAUUUCGACAAACAUGGGUACUUGCCAGACAACGAUGCGAUGCAGCUAGAAGCCUGUCGCAUCAUCUUCGCAGCUGAGACCACUUCCGUCAUGCAUGGGCCAGACACAAACCAUCUUCACGAAGUCUCAUGGCUACGAGACCUGAUGAUGUCAUCACAUGAGCUGACUGAACACGCGAGAUUCCAGCCCGUUCGAUCUUCCCGCGAGAGCAGACAUUUUCCGUUGCGCAUCAAUGCCAAGGAUCAUCUAUUCGAACAAUGCCCACUGGAGGCGCAGCUUCGUGGCUUCGUCACUCAGCGCAUAACUACUGGAGAGACGCUCGAAGAUGUGCAACUGCAUCACGAGGCAUGCCAGAUUGUGCGGCGCAUGGAGCAAGAGUCCAGUACUCCAUCCGACGUUUUCGCGAAUUGGAUCGUGAAAGGGAUCUACUCGGGCACAGAUUGGAUUUCGCUUUUCAAGCAACGCGCUGGCAUCUCCGAUGUUGUAUCCACCAAUGUCCCGGCAGAUCAUGGCUUGGGCGAACUACUGGACCUCUCGUGGCCAGCCUCGCCUCCCAAAGAAGCGUCCACCUCCGCUCUCGGGAUCGCAAGUCCAUCCAAGCAAACCCACGACUACUUCACUACGCUUCCCACUUUCUCGGAAGAACCCAUAGUCUCACCCGAAUCUACCGCGCAGACGGACAUGUACGGUCGGUUGCGAUCGCUGCUACCGGACGACACAAACUUCUACCGGAUCUUUGACAGCGACAUGAGGAGAUGGGCGGCAUCGACGCUUUCACCGAAGAACCCAAACUGCCACGUCCCUUCCGACGAAGAGAUCCAGCAUCAGGCGCGAUGGAUCAUGUAUGAUGGUGACGACCCAUGGAACCAGACGCCUGCGGAUUUCCCGAACUGGUUGUCACGGUUCAAGAGGGAGUAUGCCGGCUAUCCUUUCGUCACGAGCUCUUCAGCCCAACAUACGCCCUUCCAGUCGAAUGUCGCAGUUUCAUCAGCAACCAAUACCGAAACUGCUUCACCAGGCCAACCCAAAAACUCCCACGAUGAGCCGCCCGGCCCGUUCCGGCUAUUCUCACUGCCAGGGGAGCUCCGCAACAUCGUCUACGCUCACGUUCUCGAAACAGACGAGGCCAUCCUCAUGGCGCCAUACCACAAGGAAGGAGUCUUACAUCAACGUCUGAUCCUCCACGAUCCGACCCGAAACCUACAGAAAGACCUAAACCAAAUGAAAUUCGUCUGCAAACAACUCUACGAAGAAACAUCAGCUCUCCCACCAACCCGCUGUCCAGAACUAAUCUUCCCUCUCCGCAAAGACACCCCCGAAUCCGCUUCUAGUAUAUGUGCAGAGUACAUCGCCAGCGCCAGACCCGAGCAGCUCACCAGCAUCCGCCGCAUCCACGUCCACGAGCGCAUCGCAUACAGACAGUGUCCUUUCUCGCCGCACCUCUUCGACCCUUGCAUGAACCAGCUCGUCACAUUCGCCACCCACCACCCUUCCACCUCAAUUCAGACAUUCCUCCAUGCCGUAGACCCGAAGGUCUCCAACGAAACAUCCAAAUUCCCCAUCGCAGGCUUCUCCUACGAGAUAGCUCGGAAACGGGUGGAGCACGGAUACUACAGCGCGUGGUACAACAUCGAUAGGGUUCUGGACGAGAUGGCGGAGACGUGGUCGGACCAUGCGUUUGAGCCGCAGCCGUUUCCGGAGAAUUUCGUGUUUAGGUUGGGGUGCGGGUAA